GAGCCUGGACUUCAUUAGCCUCAUGGCCUACGACUUCCAUGGCUCUUAUGAGAAGAUCACAGGACAUAACAGCCCCCUCUACAAGAUGCAGGGGGAGAGCGGGGCAGCAGCCAAAUUGAACGUGGACUCUGCUGUGCAGCUGUGGCUGCAGAGGGGGACCCCUGCCAACAAACUGAUCCUUGGCAUGCCCACCUACGGACGAUCCUUCACCCUGGCCUCCUCAUCAGACACUGGAGUAGGGGCCCUAGCCACAGGGCCUGGAACCCCUGGCCCCUUUACCAACCAGGGAGGGCUGCUGGCUUACUACGAGGUCUGCUCCUGGAAGGGGGCCAUUGAGCACAGAAUCAAGGACCAGAAGGUACCCUAUGCCUUCCAAGGCAACCAGUGGGUAGGUUUCGAUGAUGUGGAGAGCUUCAAAACCAAGGCCAGCUACCUGAAGCAGAAGGGCCUGGGUGGGGCCAUGGUCUGGGCGCUGGACAUGGACGACUUCGCUGGCUUCUUCUGUAACCAGGGCCUCUACCCCCUCAUCAAGGCACUACAGCGGGAGCUGAGCACGCCAGAACCGGAAGUCCCCACACCACGCCGGCCUUCUGAACCUGAGCGUGGCCCCAGCCUUGAACAGGACACCUUCUGCCAAGGCAAAGCCAACGGGCUCUACCCUAACCCUCGGGACCAGAGCAGCUACUACAGCUGUGUAGGGGGGAGGCUGUUCCAGCAGAGCUGCCCUCGGAGCCUGGUAUUCAGCUCCUCCUGCAAAUGCUGCACGUGGAGUUGAGCGCCCGAGGCCUCUGAAGCCCCAGCCACCAGGUCACUGGGGUCACUCCACGGCCUGCCUCCCCAGCUCUCCCCAGGGGCUGCAAUCCUGCGGACCUCUCCCGUCUUUCCAUAGCCAAGCGUUCUGCUCUCAGCCGUGGUUCCUUUUGUUCUGGCCCUCCUGGGAUGCCUCUUUUACUUGCAAAAUAAAUCUGUGGUUUACACCCCACUG